UUGGCUGAGGCCGCGCAGCGCGAGGUGCGCGCGCGCGCCUUCCGCGCGCCCCUGCGCCGCGGGUGGCGCAUCCGCGGCCCGCCGCGCUGGCCAAUGUAGGGUCAGCCUCCUCCGUGACCCAGUGAUGCCCCUCAGGGUGGGUGACAUCCGCAAGGACGAGGACAGGCUCCUGCGCGACGACAACCACUCGCUGGGCCACCUCUUCAGGCAGCGGGAGCGCACGCCGCUGCGGCUCAGCUGGGCCCUGCGCCUUUCGCUGCAGGUCGAGGCCAUCUUCUUGCUGGUGCUGCUGACGGUCUUCCUGCCCCGCUGGGACCUGCGCCUCCUCUGCCUGGCCGCCGCCGCCGCCAUCGCGGGCGUGUGGGUCGCCACCGUCGCCGCGCUGGCCGCCGGGGCCGUCAAGGGCAAGCUGCACUCCAGGGCGCACAGGCCCCCGAUGUUGUUCUGGUCCUGGUGGCCCGUGUGGAUGUGCCUCAUGUGCUGCGCCGCGGCUGCCGCGGCGGGGGCCCUGUGUUUCUACCUGUGGGGCGCGUACCUGAGCACCUACCAGCACCUCGCGGGCCUCGAAGUCUACGAGCGCGUGGACCCGUCCAUCGUGCCGGGGCUGCAGAUCCAGGACGCUGGCCUCGUGGACUUCGAAGAGGGCGUCGACAUCGACCGGGCGAGGGGGGGCUGCCUGGUGCACGGCGGCCACACCUACUGUGUGGCCCCCAUCCUGCAUGGCGGCAGGGUGCUCGACAACCUCGGCGAUGCGCCCCGCUUCGGCUCGUACGACUACUUCGCGGUGGGCGUGGACUGCUGCGCGUGCCCCAACCGGGACUUCCGGUGCGGGGACUGGCGCAACCCGAUGGCCCACGGUGGCGUCCGGUCCAGGGACGCCGAGAGCAGGCCCUUCUACAGGCUCGCGGUGGACGAGUGGGCCGCCACGUACGAGAAGAAGCUCGGCUACCCGAUCUUCUUCGACUGGGUGGACGACCCCGUCUAUCUCGAUGGCCCUCCGCACGUGUGCCAGCCCGGUGUGUGCUUGGCCCGCUCGGCGUCAGGGACAGCACGCAGCCUGCGCUGGCUCUCGGUACACCGCCUGCGUCGUAUUGAAGGGCUUCGGUGGUGGACAAGCACACGUUGGCGCGGACACGCGUCCUGAGGCUCGUCGACUAUCGCUGGAGCGCCCUGUGGAGCCGCGCCGCGCACCUCGCCGGCCUCUGCGCCCUCGUGCCCUUCGCUGCGGCCUUCCUGCUGACGAUGGCGCUGAGCGUUUGGCUCGAGUCCCUGGUGCAGGCCGGCGUGGCGUCGCCGAACGGCACGCCUGCCCCGCCGCACGGCUACGAGCGGCUCUGGGAGGCGCUGCUGGCCCAGAUGUACCACUACCACUUGGACGAACAGCGCCAGCAGCUGGGUGUCCCUGGCCCCUCCCCGUGGUACGGCACGCCCCACGUCGGCGGAGAGCACGUGCCCGACAGCGCCAAGAUCACGAGGGGCGCGACCCCGAAGCCUGGCGUCAAAUUCGUCUGAGCCCGCUUCAGCGGCCGUGCGUCGGCGGGCGGGAUGCUGCAGACAGGAGUCCUGCUCAUCCUCCAGGCCCCUCCGCCCUCCGCUUCACUCCUUUCUUUCUUUCUAUAUGGAUCUCUCUCUCUCUCUCUAUCUAAGAAGAAGAUUACUCAUCCGAG